UUCUCGCGAGGUUUCCGCUCGGCUGCGGGCGGUAGUGGGGUCUCCGUGCGGUCGGAGCGGGAGCCCGGGCCGGGGUUCAUGAGGGGUGGCGGCCGCGAGAAGUGGUCCAUGGACAUCCCGCUGCGGCGGGAGUCUCCGCGUCGCGACACAGAGGCUCCGCCAAACCAGCUACCGCCGCCAGCACCACCUUCCCCGCCCUCCCCGCUGCUGCCGGCGCCGGGUAGACAGCGAGAUGAGAAAAAAACGGCUCUGAGCAAAGUAGUUAUUCGACGCCUUCCUCCUUGUCUAACUAAGGAGCAGCUGGAGGAACAGCUACAUCCUCUCCCUGCCCAUGAUUAUUUUGAGUUUUGCACUGCUGAUCCCAGCCUUUAUCCUCAUCUCUACUCAAGAGCAUACAUUAACUUUAGAAAUCCUGAGGACAUCCUUCUUUUUAGAGAUCGCUUUGAUGGCUAUGUCUUCAUUGAUAAUAAAGGUUUGGAGUAUCCUGCAGUGGUUGAAUUUGCUCCAUUCCAGAAGAUUUCAAAAAAGAAGCUGAAGAAGAAAGAUGCUAAAGCUGGGAGCAUUGAAGACGAUCCAGAAUAUAGGAAAUUUUUAGAGAGUUAUUGUGCUGAUGAAGAGAAAAUCUGUGCCAAUCCUGAGAUUCUUUUGGGAGAGAUUGAGGCCAAAACAAGGGAACUCAUUGCUAGAAGAACAACACCCCUUUUGGAAUAUAUUAAAAAUAGAAAAUUAGAAAAGCAGAGAAUACGAGAAGAGAAAAGAGAAGAACGAAGGCGGAGAGAACUGGAGAAGAAACGUCUGCGGGAGGAAGAGAAAAGGAAGCGCAGAGAAGAAGAAAGACGUAAAAGAAAGGAAGUGGAAAAGCAGAAGAAAAUCUCUGAAAAAGAAAUAAGGAUCAAGCUUCUCAAGAAGCCUGAAAAAGGAGAUGAACUGGCCAGUGAAAAGCACAAAGAAAAAGGUGAAGAAGCUGACAUUGAGGAAAACAAAUGGGAAAAAUCACCUGGAUCUGGGAGUAUAAGAUCCAAGUCUUUGGAGGGUUCACUAAAAGACCUUAAAGAAAAGUCACAAAAUGACAGUGACAAAGAGCAAAGAGAUUUGGAGAGAAGAUUUCGAGAAAAAGAACCUGAGAGACAAAGGAUCGCCCAGCCAUGCAGUUAUACCAGCCAGGAGCUCGCAUUCGAACACAUACGGGAUGUACAAGUAAAACCUAUGACUGCAGUGGGAGACCUUUUGAAGAUGCUCUUGAUAAAAGGUAUGAGGCAGAUAAUUCAGCUGGAGGGGGUUCUGAGAAGAGUGAAGAACCAGAAUAAAACAAACUGGAGGAAAGACUUGUGGAAAGGGAUGAACUUAAGAUUCAGUGUCACUACACAAAAACCCAUGGGGCAGUUCCAGAACUCCACAGGUGAUUGCAUCAACAAAAUCAGCAUAGUUCUGCCUCUUACUUUCUGUAAAGUAAAUGGAAGAGUGACUGGAAAUGUUUAACUCACUGCAAAGGAAUAUUGUUACUUUUUUACAAAAAGCAGCGCAAACACUAUUUGCCUAAUUUAAAAGCAGUUCAAUAUUUUAUUAGAUUUAAUUUGAAAACCUCUAAUACUUUUAGAGAAGUAUUUAUACAAGAUUUUUCAGAAGCUAUUCCACCUUUUCAAGCCUAAAGAGAUGAAGGGUUGAUUUUCAUCCAUUUGAAAUCUGAG